AAGGCGGAAGCCGCGGCGGGGCCGAGAAGGAAGGAGGGAGGCCUGGGCCAUGGCGCCGCCUCUGCAGCCCCAGGGCAGCUGCGGACCCUGGGAGAUGCGCGAGCGCCUCGGCACCGGAGGCUUCGGCAACGUCCUCCGCUGGCAGAACCAGGAGAGUGGGGAAGAAAUUGCUAUCAAGCAGUGUCGUCAGGAGCUCAGCCCACGCAACAGAGAAAGAUGGUGCUUAGAAAUACAAAUCAUGAAACGGCUAAACCACCCCAAUGUAGUGGCUGCCCGGGAUGUCCCAGAAGGGAUGCAAAACCUUGCCCUGAAUGACUUGCCAUUGCUGGCUAUGGAGUACUGCCAGGGAGGAGAUCUCAGGAGGCACCUGAAUCAGCUUGAGAACUGCUGUGGCCUGCGGGAGAGAGCUAUCCUUAUCUUGCUGUCAGACAUUGCCUCUGCUCUCAGAUACCUUCACGAGAACAGGAUCAUCCAUAGAGACCUGAAACCAGAAAACAUUGUCCUUCAACAAGGAAAAGAGAGGCUAAUACACAAGAUCAUUGAUUUGGGGUAUGCCAAAGAGCUGGAUCAAGGCAGCCUUUGCACUUCCUUCGUUGGGACAUUGCAGUAUCUGGCCCCGGAACUUCUGGAGCAGCAGAAAUACACAGUGACUGUGGAUUACUGGAGCUUUGGCACAUUGGCCUUUGAGUGUAUCACAGGCUUCCGACCUUUUCUGCCCUCCUGGCAGCCAGUGCAAUGGCAUGCAAAAGUCCGGCAGAAAAGUGAGCUGGAUAUUGUUGUCUAUGAAGACUUGUCGGGAGAAGUGAAAUUUUCUAGCAAGCUGCCACACCCCAACAAUCUGAACUGUGUUUUGGCUGAGCGGCUGGAGAAAUGGCUGCAGCUGAUGCUCCAAUGGCAUGCGCGGCAGAGAGGCACCGACCCCACAUAUGGCCCCAAUGGUUGUUUCAAGGCUUUGGAUGAUAUAUUGAAUUUAAAACUGGUGCAGAUCCUAGACAUGGUAACAGGUACUGUGCACGUGUAUCCUCUGGCAGAGGACGAGACCUUGCAGAGUGUGAAAGCCAAGAUCCAGGCAGAUACUGGCAUCCCAGAGCAGGACCAGGAGCUGCUUCAAGAAGGAGGGUUGGCAUUAUUUUCUGAGAAACCAGCCACUCAGUAUCUGGCUGACAUCAAGCUAAAUGAUGCCACAGUUGCUGACACAGGCCUCUUCUUCCUGUUCGACAACCGAAAAGUUACAUACAGGCCUCAGAUCUCUCCCCGACCUCAUCCAGAAAGCAUUAACAGUAUUCUUCAAGAUCCAAAGAAGAACCUCUCCUUCCUCCAGCUGCGCAAAGUGUGGGGGCAGGUCUGGCAUACCAUCCGAAGACUGAAUGAGGACUUCCACCAGCUCCAGCAUGGGCAGCGGGCAGCCAUGAGGAACCUUCUGCGCCACAACAGUACCCUUUCCAAGAUGAAGAACACGAUGGCCUCCCUAUCGCAGCAGCUGAAGGCAAAGCUGGACUUCUUCAAAGCCAGUAUCCAGAUUGACUUGGAGAAGUACAAUGAGCAAACUGAAUUUGGAAUCACUUCUGAGAAACUGCUGCUUGCAUGGAAGGAAAUGGAGCAGACUGUGGAGCUCUGUGGGCGGGAGGAGGAAGUUGAGCAGCUGGUGAAGAAGACGAUGGCCCUACAGACAGACAUUGUGGACCUGCAGAGAAUCCCACAGGGCCCGAAACAAGGGAGCUCUCUGGAUGCCCUAGAGGGACAAGCAAAGGACUUGUACCAGAGACUGAGGGAAAAGCCAAGAGACCAAAGGACUAGCGGAGACAGCCAAGAAGUCGUGAGGCUACUUCUGCAAGCAAUCCAGACCUUUGAAAAGAAAGUCGGCCUCCUUUAUGCUCAGCUCAGUAAAACAGUUGUCUGCAAGCAAAAGGCACUGGAGUUAUUUCCUAAAGUGGAUGAGGUGAUGAGCCUGAUGAAUGAGGAUGAGAAAAUGGUUGUUGAGCUUCAGGAUAAACGGCAGAAAGAGCUGUGGAACCUGUUGAAAAUUGCCUGUAGCAAGGUGCGUGGGCCUGUCAGUGGGAGCCCAGACAGCAUAAGCACAUCACGCCUUAGUAAUCCUGGUCAACUCUCAUUGCAGGUUCCAGCCCUGCACAGUAAUUUACAGGAUCCUGGGAUUAAAAGUGAGGAGUUGCUGAUGGAAUCUCGAAGUCUCUGCAAUCAGCUAGAGAAUGUGAUGCACCACACAAUGAAGGAUCAAGAGCACAGCUUUAUGGUAACAUCUUAUGUUUUCUGUUGUAAAGUGACUGGGGCGAGGGGAGCGGAGAGACUGAUGCUUUGCCAGUACAGUCCCUGCAGGUCAGUUUGAAAGUGGGUGGCAUUGCCCCUCUCUCAGACACCUGAUGUUAGAUGGUUGAAAGGUAGGUGGCCUUCCCCAUAUGAUAGCACCAAUAACUUGUUUCUAGCCAGCGAGAAAGCACUCUUAUUUAGACUAGCUUAUAGUCACACAAGAGAGGAUUUAACCUGAGCUGAAAAAUAC